AUGGCGGACAGCGCUGCUGCCACCGCCGCCCCCCGCGCCGGCGUGAAGGGCAGCUCGGCGGGGCCCUGGUGGAAGUCGCUGACCAGCAAGAAGAAGCACAAGGAAGCGGCGGCCGCCCCGCCGCCCCCCGCCGCCGUCAGCGAGGCCCCCGCCGCCCCCCCCAGCCCCGGCGGCCGGGAGGAGCAGCCGCCCCCCUUCGGCAGCGGCGAGGCCGCGGGGGCGGGAGGCGGCAACCGCCGGAGCCUCCGCGUCUCCCACUCGGGCCGCUUCAAGGAGAGGCGGAAGGUGCGCACCUCGCUGCUGGCCGACAGCCCCGAGGUCUUCGACGGCGGCGGUGCCGCGGGCCAUGCCGCCCAAGGGGGCGAGUAG